AUGGCAUCCUCAUCAUCAAGCAGCGAUUAUGAUGACAUGAAAGAUGCCAUUUCCGAAUCAAGUUCUCAUGACAGUACCUCUGUGGAGUAUUUCUCUUGUGAGGACACCUUCCCCAAUGAGGACCCAACUUCCCGGGGAGACAUGACUUCCAACAGAGGUUCUUUACUCCACCUUCUGCCUCCUAACAAAGGGACAGAGGAAAGGAAAAGCAAAAGUACACCCAUCAUCAGACAAUAUCAGGUUCGGGAUGAACCAAAGCAGGAUCCCAAAAUAAGCAUUGCCCUGGCCUGGGAUGAGGAGGACACUGAGAGUGUGGCUCGCACCGUAGAACGUCUGAUGAAAAUGCUUCACACCUGUCUGGAAAAGCUAAACAAUGGCGAAGAAAGUACACAAGGUGAUGACAGAAAUCCAAAACAUGAAGAAGACAUUAAUAAAAAAGACAACGACAAAGUCUCUGCAUUGUCUGAAGCUGUAGAGGAAGAAAACUUUCAGUUCUGCAACCACUGCCCCCUUCACAUAGCUCAGGUCAGUGGGCAAGAAUGUGACAACUGUCAGGAGUUGCCCACGCACAGACCACCAGGAAGUGAGGACGUCACCCAGGUCUCCAGGGUGCCUCUGAUAUUUAAGGAGCAGGUGAGCAUGAUAUUUAAGGAGCAGGUGAGCACGCUGAGGUGA